AUGUCGCGCGCGGGAGCAAAGAAGGGCAGGAGACUUCCCGGUGCUGAAUUCAGCUGGGACGCCGAUCCGGGGGGGGAAGCAGAUACGGCGCCGACUCCAUUGUUUCCUAAAUACUCUGUCCCCCCAGCUCGCCUCUUAUCGGCCCGUGAACAGCUCCAGGUUGACCAGUACCGUGAGCUCCGCGAACGACACCACGAAGGGCCGUAUUACUCUGUUCUGGAUGUUGCCGCGUCGGCGGCGAGAAAAGGCAGCGCGGCGCGUGCGCACUUUGAUCCGUUCCACGGCAUGCCCUCGUACUCGAGGCGGUAUCAGAAGAAGAAGCGGGCGCUCCCCCGGCUCCAGGGGCGGACCUACGUGAUGAAGUUCUUCCCUCGGGAGUUAUGGAGCACCAUCCAGCCAAGUUUCAAAGGCGACGGAGCAGGACUCGACUUCCCUGUAACGAAGAUCAGCUUCAAGCGCGGUUUCGAGGAUGACGACGAGGAGGAAGAAGAGGACGCAGCGAAGCGUCGACGACGCACCGAUGGAGAAGAAGGGGAGGACGACGAGGCUGCCGAACGGGACGAGGAAGCGGACCGAGAGCUGCUGGAGGACGAUGAAGAUGCAGAGGAGGAAAUCGUCGACGAUGACUUUGAGGAAGACGAUGAUGAGAUGGGUGGCGACUACAACGCGGAACAGUACUUUGACGGCGGAGACGACGAGUACGGUGAAGAUGGAUUCGGCGACGGCGGCGGCGGCGGUGGCGGCGGUGACGAGGAUGUCUAUUAG